GGAUGAGAGGCAGGAGAACGUUUUCGCUCUAGGCUGCGUUCUCCGAUAAACGUGCCUGCUGCUUUCUCCUGGAUUCGAGCGGAGGUUUAGCCGAGGGUUCUGUACUCGCGUUCGGUUCCCUGGUUGCAUGUGUGUUUGCUUUUUAAGACUCAGGUUUAUGUGUUUGUCUAACGCCAGUUCGGAUUUCGAAAGGGAAGACUGAUUGUUCUGGUUCUUUUUACCGUAGGCAGUUUGGAUUACAGAGGGAGAGGAUCCUGGAUGUUUGCAGCCUUUUGCUUCGGCUGGUAGGGAGGAAAAAAGGUGGAAACCGACCUGCAGCAGUUGCUUCUUGUGAAAGGGGAGAAAUACCGGACACGGUUCUGGGAUUAUUUGUCCAAGUGCUUCGUCCUGAAAAGGCUUCUGAAACAAUCAGUAGGCAUCUGAGAAGUGAAUUGGAAGUUUGAAGCCGCAAGCUUUUUCUUUGUGGCAGUGCCGAGCACCUCACCCUUGGACGCUUUUGUCCACAUGGCAUGGAUACAUGGCUAAACUUACCAAGUUCUGAAUACUUCAGCUGCCAAAAUAAAGUGCUUUCUUACUGUUAGAUACUUCUUUCUUCUAGGCAACAUUCCAUCUGAGUCAUAGACAUAACCAGUUUUGUUAACUGGCUCCAGGUUAAAUGCAGCCUGAGUCACUGUGUAGACAUUGCUGAAAAGUUUCAUGGCAGGUAUUUUUCCCCUUAUCUUAUUUUUUAGAUUUUCUGACAUAGCCUUCUGUCAUUUUGCAGUGAGACCUAUUUUCUAAAUGAAGAAUCUAAUAGAUGUUUGUUUAUCAUUUUUUCUUUUAUGUUUUAUUUAAUAUUUUUGUUGAAAAAUGUUGUUGCCAAUAAGCAGUAUGGAGGUAUCCAGAUAGCUGUUGUUUACAAAUGCCUCUGUUACCCGAAGCUAGGAAAUGUUCCAGAGUUCAGAUGUGAAAUUUGGAUUUUUGGCUUCACAGUUUGUGGUGUAAAAAGUGUAUUUAUUUCACCUGGAGCUGAUGCUUCUUAUAGUGAUAUGUCCGUGGAAUAGACAAGAGAAGAACUUGUCAGAGAAAAAAAAAGCUUUUUAAGACAGAGAGUUGGCAAAUCUUGGAAGUAGCCUUGUGGAAUCUGUAAGCAAGAAGGAUCGGUAGCCGAUUUCUGUGAGGUCAAAUCUAUGUCAAACAGCUACGAAUGUAGUAUCAACAAGAACUCUGGAUAUUAUCUCAAGGAAAACAAACUGGAAAAAUAUAAAUCACACAGUACUAACACCUUGUGCGGUCCUCUUGGAUUAGAUUUGUAUUCAGCUGAAUUGCUACUGCCUCAAAGAAAAUUAAGAUGGACAGAACAACUUAAUUCAAAAUCAUCACUGAACUUUGAGAAACAUUCUGAAAAUUUUUCGUGGGCAGAGAAUCAUUAUGAAGCGAAUCGCAGAAGACACAACUCUUCAGAUGGGUUUGAUCCUAACAUUGGACGGCCUAAUGGAGGACAUUUUUGGAGAAAAGAGAGGAAUGGUUGGCGUUCACAAGGCAGAAAUUGUACAGAAAAUAUAAACCAUCGUGGGGGAUACCAUGGUGGAGGUUCCCGUGCUCGUGCCAGUGCUUUCCACUGUGGAAAAGGCCAUGGACUGCAUGAAAACAAUGUACCUGGUAAUGAAACUGGGAAAAAUGAAGACAAGGAAGUACCCAAACAGUUUGAAGCUGAGGAUUUUCCGUCUUUGAACCCUGAAUAUGAGAGGGAACCAAACCAGAAUAAAUCUUUAGCUGCAGGUGUGUGGGGGUACCCUUUGAAUCCUAAAUCUAGAUCGCAGAGAAUGCUGGUCAUUAAAAAGGGCAGUACAAAAGAACUGCAGAUAUCUGGAUUCCCAGUAGUAGGAAGUCUUCAUUCACAUCCAGUAAGGAAUGGACCUGGUACAAGUGCUUAUAAAGGAUUAGUCCCUAAACUUGUCACUCCACCCACAAAGCCUACACAGUGGAAAAGCCAAGCAAAAGAAAAUAAAGUUGGGAAUCCAUUUCCUCAUGGAUCUGCAUAUGGUGUUGGCAAUUUCAGUCCUUUCAAAUCAACUGCCAAGGUAUCUUCUCUAUUACAAAAUGCAGUGAAAGAGUGUAAUUGGUCAAAUUCUUCAUCUCCUGUUGACAAAGUUGGUCAGCCUCGUUUAACAAAAUUGACAAGAAUGCGGACUGAUAAGAGUGAAUUUUUGAAAGCAUUGAAACAAGACAGAGUGGAAAAGGAACAUGAAGACAAGAAUCAUGCUGGGCAAAAGAAGGAUGAUGAGUCCUUUAACUUGCGUAACAGCAACAGCCCUCAUCAUGAGAGAGAUAUAAACCGAAACUUUGAAAAUGAAAUUCCGCAGGAGAAUGGCAAUGCUUCAAUUACAUCUCAACAAGUCAUUCGAUCUUCAGCUUUCCCUCGGGCAGAUGUUCUUUCAAGCUCACUGGAGGCAGAGCAUAGGUUGUUAAAGGAGAUGGGCUGGCAGGAAGAUUGUGAAAAUGAUGAAACAUGUGCUCCACUAACAGAGGAUGAGAUGAGGGAGUUCAGAGUCAUUAGUGAACAGUUACAAAAAAAUGGCCUUCGGAAAAACGGCAUUUUGAAAAAUGGCAUCAUCUGUGGUUUUAAGUUUAGCCCCUGGAAAAACAGCAUUUUCAAAACCACUCUGGAGAAUGAGGAUUCUGAGACGAGCAGCAGUGAUACAUCAGAUGAUGAUGAUGUGUGAAGACUUCUGUAACAUCUGUAGAAGACCAUUUUGAUCUUACAAAAAUUUGGGGAUGUGUUGUCCAAAAAAAAUUUCUAAUUUAUGUAGUAACUUACCCAUUAGAGGAAGAAUGAUGUGACUUUUCUCUGAAGAAAGGAAUGUUGUGUUGGGUGUGUUGAAAGCUACUAUAAUUUCUUUGUAAAUGAAUGUUGUAGAAUGAGGACUUAGGUUGACCCAGCAUUGACUUCCUUCAUCACUGAAGCAUUUCUGAAUAGCAAUGUGACAAUGUAACAAGUCAGACUUUCACAUUUAAUAAUAAAGACAAAGAGUUAUGUAAUGUCUUGUAAAGCUUCUUUCUUAAAAUGUCCAAGUCCAUGAGGGGAAAAAAAGGGCAGCUUGACACAGUGUUUUGUUUGCCAAGUGAUUUCUUUCUUACAGUGGAAAUCCUUGAGUCCACUUUGUAUGCACA